CAUGGCGGCGCCGGCGGGCCGGAGCGUGGUGUUCGUCACGGGCAACGCCAAGAAGCUCGAGGAGGUCGUGCAGAUCCUGGGCGACUCCUUCCCGCACAAGCUGGUGGCCCGCAAGAUAGACCUGCCGGAGUACCAGGGCGAGCCGGACGAGAUCUCCGUGCAGAAGUGCCGCGAGGCGGCGCGCCAGGUGCGCGCGCCCGUCAUCGUGGAGGACACCUGCCUGUGCUUCAACGCGCUCGGCGGCCUCCCGGGGCCCUACAUAAAAUGGUUCCUGGAGAAACUCAAACCUGAAGGUCUGUACAAGCUGCUAGCUGGCUUUGAGGACAAGUCUGCCUAUGCUCUCUGUACCUUCGCGUUCAGUCCUGGAAACCCGGAGGAGCCAGUGAAGCUCUUCAAAGGCCAGACACACGGGCUGAUAGUGGAGCCCAGAGGCCCUAGAGACUUUGGCUGGGAUCCCUGCUUUCAGCCUGAUGGCUAUGAACAGACUUACGCUGAGCUGCCCAAGGCAGUGAAGAACUCGAUCUCACACCGUUACAGAGCACUGAGCGAGCUUUCCACCUUCUUUAUCCAGAACAACUCGACAGACGCCCCAGACUGCCUCAGCUAGUGCUCUGCCAGCUGUGGGCGCUGGUGGCUGUGAGAUCCCCUUCCAGAUGAGCCCUUCUAUUAAAACGGCUCAUGCUGGGGCCACAAGGACGUG